GGAGCCCGACCACACGCGAUGGGGAGUGGAGCAGACGGGCCGGUACCUGCGGGCAGAAGGGCUCGGGCAGUGGGAGGACGCGUUCAGAGGACCACCACGUUGACCCACCAGGACCACCACAUUGACCCACCACGGAUCUCGUCUGUUCUCCUUCUCCAGAGCAAAAGAUCACCGGCGUCGGGCUGCAGUAUCUCAAGGACGCUGAUCUGGAGAAGAUGGGCUUGCAGCUCCUGGGGGACCGUCUUCGGGUUCUGCACAGCCUCAGGAAGCUGUGGCUGAGGGAGGCGGAGCCUAAUAAGGUAACGGCGCUCGCUUCCAAGGCCAAAGAGGAGAGGAAGACAUGAUGGAGGAGAGGAAGACGUGAUGGAGGAGAGGAAGACGUGAUGGAGGAGAGGAAGACGUGAUGGAGGAGAGGAAGACGUGAUGGAGGAGAGGAAGACGUGAUGGAGGAGAGGAAGACGUGAUGGAGGAGAGGAAGACGUGAUGGAGGAGAGGAAGACGUGAUGGAGGAGACUAAGACGUGAUGGAGGAGAGGAAGACGUGAUGGAGGAGAGGAAGACGUGAUGGAGGAGAGGAAGACGUGAUGGAGGAGAGGAACUCGCUGACUCACAAGGAAGUGGAGCGUGUUUUAUUCUCAGCCAGGAAUCCAACUUUAAAAACAUCUGUUUCCAGUUUAAUGUGUUUUUUCUGCCUCGGAUCCCUUUCUAGAUCCCAGAGGCUCCGCCCCUCUGAGGUGUUCAACGACCCAGUCCACGGCCACGUGGAGCUGCCCCCGCUGCUCCUCUUCUUCAUCGACACGCCGCAGUUCCAGAGGCUGCGCCGCAUCAAGCAGCUGGGGGCGGUCUACUUCGUGUUCCCAGGGGCCUCCCACAACCGCUUCGAGCACUGCAUCGGGGUGGCCCACCUGGCAGGGCUCCUGGUCCAGGCUCUGAACCAGCGGCAGCCGGACCUCCUCAUCUCCCGCCGAGACGCACUGUGUGUGCAGAUCGCCGGGCUCUGCCACGACCUGGCCCCUCCCCCCCCGCAGGUCACGGGCCCUUCUCCCACAUGUUCGACAACAUGUUCAUCCCCAAAGCGAGACCCGGAAUCACCUGGAAGUCAGCACGAGAAAGCGUCUCUGGACAUGUUCGACUACCUGGUGGCCGACAACCAGCUGCAGCCGCUGAUGGAGCGGCACGGCCUGGUUCUGCCCGACGACCUGGACUUCAUCAAGGAGCAGAUCGGAGGCCCGGAGGCCCCGGCUCGGGGCCACAAGUGGCCGUUCAAAGGCCGUCCAGAAGACAAGUCCUUCCUCUACGAGAUCGUGGCCAACAAAAGAAACGGCAUCGACGUGGACAAGUGGGACUACUUUGCCAGGGACUGCCACCACCUGGGCAUCCAGAACAACUUCGACUAUCGCCGCUUCCUGAAGUUUGCCCGAGUGUGUGAGGUGGACGGCCAGAAGCGCAUCUGCACCAGAGACAAGGAGGUGAGCAAUCUGUACGACAUGUUCCACAUGAGGAACUGUCUGCACAGGAGAGCCUACCAGCACAAAGUGAGCAACAUCAUCGAGACCAUGAUCACGGAGGCCUUUUUAAAAGCGGACGAGCACAUCAAGUUUGAAGGCUCGGGGGGGAAGAUGUUCACGCUCUCCACAGCCAUAGAUGACAUGGAGGCCUACACCAAGCUCACAGAUAACGUCUUUGAACUCAUCCUCAACUCCUCCGACCCGGCACUGAAGGACUCGAGGGAGAUUCUGCGCAACGUCGUGUGUCGACGCCUCUACAAGUGUCUCGGCCAAACCCAGGCGGACAAACCCAGGAGCGCCACCCGGGAGGACAUUCUGAGCUGGGAAGCCGCUCUGGCUCGGUCCGUCCUGCAGAGCGGCGCCCAGGACGUCCGUCUGCAGCCGGAGGACUUCUUAGUCAGCGUCAUCGACAUGGACUACGGCAUGAAGGACAAGAACCCCGUCAACCACGUGCACUUCUACUGCAAAGACGACCCGGACAAGGCCAUCCGGAUCCGCAAGAACCAGGUGUCUAAGCUUCUCCCGGAGCAGUUUGCGGAGCAGCUGAUCCGAGUUUACUGCAAGAAGACGGAUGAGCGCAGCCUGGAGGCGGCCAAGAAGCACUUUGUGCAGUGGUGCAUGGACGAGAACUUCUCCAAGCCUCAGGACGGAGACGUCAUAGCGCCGGAGCUGACUCCUCUGAAAGCCAGCUGGGCGGUCAAGGACGAGGAGGAGGACGAGGAGGACGAGGAGGAGGAGGGGGAGGAGGGCGGGAGGGACGUGAACCACGGAAACGGGCCGAAGAAAGCCAGAACUCAGCUUUUCAAACGCUGAGCGGCCGCGUGACGGCCGACCGCUUUAUUUUUCUACGAGUUGCUGGCGAGGAAAGAUUAGAAUAUUUUUACACCCAAAACAUCCAAUGGAAGCCGCGCGGUGCUGCGUUCAGGGCCUUCUACUCCUUCAUGUUGCACACGAGUCCUUUUCCUUUGGUCGUUCUGAGAACGCCUCCUCCAGCGCUCUGCUCUCCAGGGACCAUCAUGUGCUCACGAGCUAUCGGCGCGUUUCAGGGCGACUCUUUUAUUCAGCUUCCAGGAGAACUUAUUUUAGUCCGUUUAUACAUCUGCAGUCAGUUUCCGACAUUUAAAGUUGUUUUUUAUUUUGAAUGUUUCUACAUAUAUAUAUUUUUAGGUGUGUUUUCUGCUGUGAAGCAUGUGAUGUUUACUUAUUUAUUGUUCCGAUUCAAAUCUGCAUUUGAAUGUUGUUUUUUUUCUUCUUUCCAAAACCUGAUCUCAUCCAACUUGCAUGUUUAUUUUGGGUUUUUUCCCUGAUUUCUGUGUGGGAAAAAAAAUGGUGUCUAUAUAUAUAUAUAUAUCUUUUGAAAGAGAUAUCUCUUUUGAAAGAGUGCAAAGAGAAAGCGACCGAGGGGUCAGAAGAUGCUGUCUGGAGUUUUCCUCCUGAAAGAUGUUUAGAAACCUUUUUCAAAAUAAAACUCUUUCCUCUC